AUGGGAAUGGAUAAAGGCACAAAGGCUAUUGCCGUCAUGUGGGUGAUGACCCUACUGUCAUUCAUAUUCGUGCCUCUGCGCCUGUACACGAGAAUCUUUAUCAUCAAGGCACUCGGGAUGGACGAUCAUGUGUACAACCUUGCCUGGGUCUUCUUGCUGCUAUACACCGUGUUUCUCACCAUUUCAACUCAGCAUGGAUUCGGGCAGCCCAUCAAGACCUUGGUCUUGGACGAGGCGGUGCACGCGAUAUACAUGGAAUUGGUUGGGCAAACGUUCGCCGUCCUGGGAAUGGCCAUCGCCAAGCUGUCUCUUGGUAUUUUCCUCCUCCGCAUUGUGGUCAAGACUUGGCAUCGACUCUCGAUUUGGAUAUCCAUGGUCAGCCUGGCUUUAGUCUCGGUCCUGACGGCCGUGAUUCUCUGGACCCAGCGAGUGCCGUCUAGGUCCCUUUAUGACCCACGCGUCCCUGGGCGGACUGUCGUCGAAAUUUAUCCCUUUUCAAUAUUGCUUGGCUCAUGGUGUGCCGCGGUGGACUUUUACUUUGCCAUCCUGCCUUGGAUCUUCAUCUGGAAACUGAACAUGAAGCAGAAGGAGAAGUUAAUCAUCGCCUUUAGUUUGAGUCUGGGCUUUAUCGCCUGUAUCUGCGGUGUGGUCAGAACGGUUGAUUUGAGCGGAAUCUCAAGUUCCAAUUACACCGAGGACACAGUUGAUCUGAUCAUCUGGUCAGCCGUCGAGCUCGCAGUGACACUCAUCUGCGUCGGCAUCCCCACCAUUCGCCCCCUAUACCGUCAUAUCGUCCACGGGUCGCGGAUCAAAGAAUCCAACGAGGGUUAUAAGAAGCAUAACGAGAGCGGCGAGGUCCACAUGAAGCCCCUGGGAAGAAAGCCUCGGAAGGGUGAUCUUGACACCACGACGUCGACAGUUUUGGGAGAUACUGGGUUUGAUAUACCUCGUGGCGAGAACUCCUCGUAUGUUCAACAUGUGAAGGAUACAGACGAAGAGAGGCUGGUGGGUUCUCCCAGAGGGCCGCAUGUCCACUCCAUCCAAGUGCAUGAGGAGGUGACUGUUGAAAGGAGCUCAAUGAUGUCAGCCUAA